CGCAAAACUAAAAACAGCAAUAACAUUCCCUACAUUUUCUUCAGAGUGUGAACUCCCACAUUAUUGGGAUGAAGCUAUGAACUUUCCUAAAUUUCAUGGUGAAAACAAUACAGCGACUCUUGCCGGAGCUAUGUCAAUUUGACUUGAUUGUGAUAGAUCCACCCUGGCGAAACAAAUACAUACGACGUCUGAAACGAGUACGACAAGAAUUAUCCUACCAAAUGCUUUCUAAUGAAGAAUUGCGCAAUUUACCUAUUAGUCAAUUAAUACAUAAACAUUCACUUGUUGCUAUUUGGUGUACGAAUUCUAGCCAACAUCAAACAGCGUUGUUAGAAGAGUUUUUACCGGAAUGGAAUUUACAAUUAUUACAUGUUUUAAAAUGGUUGAAAUUGAAUAUUAAUGGUGAACCAAUCAGUUCUAUUAGCAACGCUGGCCAAAAACAGCCGUUCGAGAUGUUAUUUAUUGCCCGCCAUCAGGAAGCGGAUGUAGAUUUUGCAACCUCGAUAAGGCAAGUGGAAAUGUUGUUUAGUGUGCCUAGCAUUAUACACUCGCACAAGCCACCAUUGUACGCUUGGCUAGGAGAAUAUUUGCAAAAUGAACCCAAGUGCUUAGAAAUAUUCGCACGUUACCUGCAACCUUCUUUUACUUCUAUCGGUUUGGAAGUACUUAAGCUAAUGGAUGAACGCCUUUACAGCAAAACAUAGUUCAAAAACUCGUAUAUAUAUUUUAGUAUGAGAUAAUUGGUUGCAUGUUUAUUGUUUAAAGCAAUACUUAGAAAAUACAAUUUUUGUAUGUUAAUAAACAAAAAAAAUAAUAUGACGGUGUAAUUAAAUUAUUUAGCUUUGUUCUAGUAAAACAUUAGAAAUGUUAAGUUAAAUUAGUUUUAUAUAAAAGGCAUGAUUUAUGAUUUAUUAUUAUUCGUGUCCUUGAGCAGCAGCUGCAGGAUUUGUAGGUUCAUUACCACCCCGUUUCUUUGAACCUGA